GGCCCCCCCACUUUGUCCCCAGAUGCCACAAAGUGCAGGAGUCGCUGCUGAGCUCCGCCAGCGGCUACAGCAAUUAUCGGGGGGUCCUCAACUGGUGUGUGGUCAUGCUGGUGUUGAGCAACGCUCGCCUCUGCCUGGAGAACCUCAUCAAAUAUGGGAUCCUGGUGGACCCCAUCCAGGUGCUGUCGCUCUUCCUCAAGGAUCCCUAUAGCUGGCCGGCUCUCUGCCUCGUUAUCGUGGCCAAUGGCUUCGUGGUAGUGGCGUUAACGCUGGAGCGUCGGAUUGCGGCGGGUUCCCUAUCGGAAGGCAUCGCCUCCGCUCUUCGUGCGCUCAACUUGUUGGCCAUCCUCUUCUUCCCCGCGGCCACCGUCCUCAGUGUCCCCUCCGUCACCCCAGUGGGCGCCGUCUUCGCUCUCACCGUUUACACCAUCCUCUUCCUCAAACUCUUCUCCUUCCACGACGUCAACAAAUGGUGCCGCGAAGGCGAGGGGGGGGCAGUUGCCGCAACGCCCAAAGCCAACGGAGAAGUUGGACGGAACGCGGUGACCUACCCGGAGAACCUCACUUAUCGCAAUCUCUAUUACUUCCUGGUGGCUCCGACGCUGUGCUAUGAGCUGAGCUUCCCGCGGUCCCCCCGCGUCCGCAAGCGCUUCCUCCUGCGCCGCCUCUUCGAGAUGCUCUUCUUCCUGCAGCUGCUGGUGGGGCUCAUUCAACAGUGGAUGGUUCCUACGAUCCAAAACUCUAUGAAGCCAUUUCGGGAUAUGGAUUAUUCCCGCAUCAUCGAACGCCUCCUCAAGCUGGCGGUUCCAAACCACCUCAUUUGGCUCAUUUUCUUCUAUUGGUUUUUCCACUCCUGUCUCAACGUCGUGGCUGAGCUCCUCCAGUUUGGAGAUCGGGAAUUCUACCGGGAUUGGUGGAAUUCCGAGUCCGUGACUUAUUUCUGGCAGAAUUGGAAUAUCCCAGUGCACAAGUGGUGCCUCAGGCAUUUCUACAAACCGCUGCUCCGCUGGGGGGUCAACAAAUGGGCGGCACAGGCGGCCGUGUUCCUCGCCUCCGCCUUCUUCCAUGAGUACCUGGUGAGCGUUCCGUUGCGGAUGUUCCGGCUUUGGGCGUUUAUGGGGAUGGCGGCUCAAAUCCCGUUGGCUUGGUUCGUCUCCAAAUUCCUUCGCGGCAAUUAUGGGAAUGCGGCCGUAUGGAUCUCGUUGAUCAUCGGACAACCGAUCGCCGUCCUCAUGUACGUCCACGACUAUUACGUCCUCAACUAUGAAGGCAAUCAGUGAUCCAGCGGCCUCCGGAACGGCCGAUCCAUGGGAUCCUUGGACUUUCGGGAGGUGUCGCCUCAUCCCUUUGGGAUCGACCGUUCCCGGCGUUUCCCGUCUUUGUGAAUUGAAUGGUGAAUCAAUGCAAUCGUCGUCGUCGUUCGUCGCUCCGGAAGAAAGGGGAGGAUGGAAUCGAUUCCCCUUUCCCCUGCGUUUAGACGGGAGGAGCGGAAUCCGGUUUGGAUCCGGUUGUCCUGGGGAUGCUGGGAUCCAAUGGCCAUUGUCCUGGGGAUGUUCCUGGGAUCCAGUUGCCCUGGAGACGUUGGGAUGCUGGGAUCCAGUUGCCCUGGAGAUGUUGGGAUGCUGGGAUCCAGUUGCUCCAGGGAUGCUGGGCUCCAGUUUCCCUGGAGAUGUUGGGAUGCUGGGAUCCAGUUGCUCCAGGGAUGCUGGGAUCCAGUUGCCCUGGAGAUGUUGGGAUGCUGGGAUCCAGUUGCUCCAGGGAUGCUGGAAUCCAGUUGCUCCAGGGAUGCUGGGAUCCAGUUUCCCUGGAGAUGUUGGGAUCUGGAUUCUGGCCACUCCAGGGAUGCUGGGAUCCAGUUGCCCUGGAGAUGUUGGAAUGCUGGGAUCCAGUUGCCCCAGGAAUGUUGGGAUCUGGCCUCUGGCUGCUCCGGGAAUAUUGGGAUCCCAUUGCCCUGAGGACACUGGGAUCCAGUUGCCCUGGAGAUGUUGGAAUGCUGGGAUCCAGUUGCCCCAGGAAUGUUGGGAUCUGGCCUCUGGCUGCUCCGGGAAUAUUGGGAUCCCAUUGCCCUGAGGACACUGGGAUCCAGUUGCCCUGGAGAUGUUGGGAUGCCGGGAUCCAGUUGCCCCAGGAAUGUUGGGAUCUGGCCUCUGGCUGCUCUGGGAAUGUUGGGAUCCCAUUGCCCUGGGGAUGCUGGAAUCCAGUUGCCCUGGAGAUGUUGGGAUGCUGGAAUCCAGUUGCUCCAGGGAUGCUGGGAUCAAGUUGCCCUGGAUAUGUUGGGAUGCCAGGAUCC